AACUUGGCGCAUGCGCAGUGCUAAUCAGGGUGACUUGUAAACAUUAACUUGAGCUAUAAAAGUCCGGGUACGCGCUUUUUUAUUUAGACAAAACAUGACGAAAUGGCGAUGUAAUUAGGUUUCUUUGGUACAGUUUAUGUUAUUGCUGUUGCUGAGGGUUUUCGUGUUUGGAGUUUGGUAUAAAUAGGAAAAAGUCUCAGCAAGAUGCUCAGUUUUUUCGGACUUCGGAAAGACUCUAAAAAGUCUCCAUCAUCCGACAGAGAGUCUGAUGGAUUCGUCCUUAUUGGAGAGUCGGCAGAGGAACAGGGAGCGAAACGACAAGCCAGAAACACGGCCCAGUUAUCCACUAAUGUCAUCGUACAACCUUCAAAAACGUCCAAACCAACGCCUCCCAAAUCCCCCGAAGCCGUCCAGUCCUCUCCAGCGCCCCCUACCUCAGGACCCUCAGCAGAACCGGCGAACACUGACAGCGUCCCCGGUCACACGGAGCUCCUCGGAGACAUCCCCUUCACCCUGGCGCCUCACAUCCUCGCCAUGCAGUCCGGCCUGCCUCGUCUCCCCGACUUCACCCUGCCCAGAGACAUCAACGAGAACCUGGCCAACUUCUGCUACGACUUCACGCUGGAGAACUCGGUGCUGUGCGAGCUGUAACCUCUGACCCCCUGACCUUAAAUAAAAAAACACAGUUUACAAGGCAGGAAUACGAGCUAAUACGCCAAGCGGGAACUGAUAUUCCCCAGAGUUUCUGGUGAACCUCUCAGGAACGUUUGUAGCGUGUUGUCCGGAGCGAAACGGUGCAUUUGCAAUUAUACUCGCUGUUUUUUUUUCUUCUACACGUCAUACUGUAAUUUACUUUGAAUAAUAGAAAUUACACGUUGCACACACUGCAUGUCUGGAACAUUACAUGGGUAACUAUAGUGUGUAAAAAAAAAAUUUCGAAAAAGAUUUUGUUUCUAUGCAAUAAACUUAAGUCAAAAAACACGCAAGAAUUGAACAAUUAACGACUGGAAGAAAGUUCUGUGGACAGACGAGUCCAAAUUUGACCUUCAUGGCUCCAACAGAAGAACUUCUGUAAGACAAAGAACAGGAGAGAUGUUAUCAGACUGCCUCACACCUACAAUCAAACAUCACGGUGGAAGCUUAACGGUUUGGGUGAAAAGAAACCAACAUGGCAACCAUUCCAUACUUCAACACUAUACAGUACCGUCUGGACUGCAGAUAAUUGGAACCAAAUGUACCAGAACGUCCAAGUGCUGUGUUCUUUAGAGAGCUAUUGAACUGCUCUGGGAUGAACUGGAUCACAAGGUCAGAAAGAAAAUUCCAACUUCUGAAGAACAUCUUUGACGAGUUUUGCCAGGAGUGUGUAAAGAUGCCAUUUAUGCAAAUUGAGGAUCAACAUCUGUGCAUUUAUGUAUUCGUUUUCACUCAAUCUUCAUUUCUUAUAAUGACGGAGUUUGUUGCAUUGAAACAAAAGGAGCGUGUGCUUCCCAAAAACGAGAAGGCACUGGAUUUAGUGGGUUACUGGUUCGGGUUUGUGGUGUUCGUUUCUUAUUUAACGCGUCUGUGCCUUUUAUUUUUUGCUGUUUGACAUUUUCAUAUUCAACUUUUGAAUUAUUGUGUGUUUCGAUGAUAAAACUGCAUAAAUAAAUAUUAUAUUAUAUUUAAAAUCUGGUUGUUGUGUUUCACAUUUUAAAGAAUAGUUUAGCCAGAUUUAAAUAUAAUAAUAUAAAUAUAUAAAAAAUAUAAAUGAUUUUUUUUUGGGAAAAAUUUAGUCUCUAAAAUUUGUUUAAUAGCAAAUUUAGAAGGCCAAAAUAUUUUAGAAAUAUUAGAAUUACCUUAAACUUUUAUGAGUAAUAAAGAAUUGAAUGUCAGAGGAAUGACGGAGUACAGAUGGAGGAUUUUUUAAUUUUUUUUAAACCCUGAAUCGGCGACGUUGAUUUGAUGAUUAAGUCGUGCAGUUCACACACACUGCUGAAUUGUGAGUGUGUUACCCUCAAAAAAACAAACGGCAGAUGCUAAACACGUCAUCGCUCAUAUCGGUUUACAGGAAAUUUAUUUUUUUUAUGAAAUUCACCAUUAAAGAGAUUCAACUCAAAAUCCUGCUUCUGAAUGACACAAACAUGACGGUUGCAUGUUGAAAUUUUACAAUGUGUGCACAGUUUUAUCCAUUAUAUCAGAUUUCUAUGGUUCGGGGUCGUCAGCCAAUAAUCCUGUAUUUGAAUGAAUGUUAUUGGAUUAAAGAUGCUUUGAUAUUGAAUGUAUUGUUGAAGUUUCUGUUGGUCUGAAAUAACAAGUGUGUGAAAAAGAGAGAAA